AAAAAAUUAUUCACGUAUAAAUUUUAUUAUUUUUAGUAAAAAAAAUUAUUGAAAAGAUGGUAAUUCGAUAGAAACUUCUCGAACCAGUGACCGAGUUCCUGUGAAACGUCUAGAAUAUUCGGUAAGUCUAUAUAAACGGCCGCACGUUGCGCACUGAGCACAUUUCAAAAGAAACACAAAGCAAUACUGUUCUAAGCGAGCGCGAGAGUUUUUCUCUCAACUUAAUAACUUAAAGUUACUUUAAUUAAUUAAUUAAAAUUUAUCAAGUGAUUCAAGUAUUUUUCUUAUUGAGUGUUUUAAUUAAAUUUAUCCAAAACGACGGUCCUACAAGAGCUGAACGAUCUUAAAAUAUCUGAAGAGGUUAAAACAAAAGACAAGAUGCCUGAAAAGGACACGACUAUGGCGGUUGACGCUGGUGAACCCGAGACUUUUGCCUUCCAAGCUGAAAUUGCUCAGUUGAUGAGCUUGAUCAUCAACACUUUCUACUCCAACAAAGAAAUUUUCCUUCGUGAAUUGAUCUCUAACUCAUCUGAUGCUCUUGACAAAAUUCGCUAUGAAUCUCUCACUGAUCCAUCGAAACUCGACAGCUGCAAGGAAUUAUUCAUCAAGAUCAUUCCCAACAAAAAUGACCGCACUCUCACCAUCAUUGAUAGUGGUAUCGGUAUGACCAAAGCCGACCUAGUCAACAAUUUGGGAACGAUUGCCAAAUCCGGAACAAAAGCCUUCAUGGAAGCCUUGCAAGCUGGCGCAGACAUCUCAAUGAUUGGUCAAUUCGGUGUUGGUUUCUACUCAGCUUACCUGGUCGCCGACAAAGUAUCCGUAGUGUCAAAGCACAACGACGACGAGCAGUACUUAUGGGAGUCAGCCGCAGGUGGUUCAUUCACCAUCCGCCCGGACCACGGUGAGCCAUUGGGUCGCGGUACCAAGAUAGUUCUCCACAUCAAAGAAGACCAAGCCGAGUACUUAGAAGAGUCCAAGAUCAAGGAAGUAGUAAAGAAGCACUCCCAAUUCAUUGGCUACCCGAUCAAACUUUUAGUCGAGAAAGAGCGUGAGAAAGAAAUCAGCGACGAUGAGGCGGAGGAGGAAGAAGUAAAGGCAGUAAAAGACGCUGACGAAAAUGAAGACGACAAGCCCAAGAUUGAAGACGUCGGCGAGGACGAGGAAGAAGACAAAGACGCGAAAGAUAAAAAGAAGAAAAAGAAAACUAUUAAAGAAAAAUACACUGAAGACGAAGAGCUGAACAAGACCAAGCCACUGUGGACCCGCAACCCAGAUGACAUCACCCAGGAAGAGUACGGCGAGUUCUACAAGAGCUUGACCAACGACUGGGAAGACCACUUAGCUGUUAAACACUUUUCAGUAGAAGGUCAGCUUGAGUUCCGUGCUCUUCUGUUCGCUCCACGACGCGCUCCGUUUGAUUUGUUUGAAAACAAGAAGCGCAAGAAUAAUAUAAAGCUUUACGUAAGACGAGUCUUUAUUAUGGACAACUGCGAGGAGAUUAUUCCUGAUUACUUGAACUUCAUGCGCGGUAUUGUCGACAGCGAGGAUCUUCCUCUGAACAUCUCCCGUGAAAUGCUUCAGCAAAACAAGAUCUUGAAAGUCAUCCGCAAGAACUUGGUGAAGAAAUGUAUAGAGUUGUUUGAAGAACUUGCCGAAGAUGCGGAGAAUUACAAGAAAUUCUACGAGCAGUUCUCAAAGAAUUUGAAGCUGGGUAUUCAUGAAGACUCCACCAACCGCAAGAAGCUUUCAGAGCUCCUGAGGUUCCACACUUCAUCAACGGGCGAAGAAAUGUGCGCCUUGAAGGACUAUGUUGGUAGAAUGAAGGAAGUCCAGAAGCAUAUUUAUUACAUCACCGGAGAAAGCCGGGAGCAAGUAGCUCACAGUUCCUUUGUUGAGCGAGUUCUUAAGGCUGGAUUUGAAGUUCUUUACAUGACUGAGCCCAUUGAUGAGUACGUAGUCCAGCAGCUGAAGGAGUUUGAUGGAAAACAGCUGGUCUCAGUUACCAAAGAAGGUCUGGAGCUUCCGUUGUCGGAUGAAGAGAAGAAGAAGAUGGAGGAAGACAAGACCAAGUUUGAGAAUCUCUGCAAGACUGUUAAGGACAUUCUUGAUAAGAAGGUUGAGAAGGUUGUUGUCUCGAACAGAUUGGUGGACUCUCCUUGCUGUAUUGUUACUUCGCAGUACGGUUGGACUGCUAACAUGGAGAGGAUCAUGAAGGCCCAGGCCUUGAGAGACUCCUCGACGAUGGGCUACAUGGCUGCGAAGAAGCACCUUGAAAUUAAUCCAGACCAUCCUAUUAUGGAGAACUUGAGGCAGAAGAUUGAAGCUGACAAACAUGAUAAGUCCGUCAAGGACUUGGUCAUGCUUCUCUUUGAGACUGCGUUGAUGUCAUCUGGGUUUGCAUUAGAAGACCCACAAGUUCAUGCAGCGAGGAUUUACAGGAUGAUCAAGCUUGGUCUGGGAUUGGAUGAUGAUGACGCUCCGAUGGAGGAAAUUACUACUGAAGAAACACCAGCGAUCGCGGAAGUCAACAAUGAUGAAGCCUCUAGGAUGGAAGAGGUUGACUAAGUUUGUUGAAAUGUUCUUUUUUAUAAUUAUUUAUUAUUGUUAUUUUUCCAAAGACUUAACGUCACCAAGACUGCAAAUU